AUGGAUAGACAACGAACCGAGAGCCCUCCUCCACUACCCAGCGAGUGUUUGUCGCCCGAUGCGCAGCAAAACUCUGCUCUUCCAACUUAUCGCGAGGUAUUAGAUGACUUCCUCCAGAAGACGCAAUCCCAAACCUAUGCCUCAGCUCCCUUCAACGUCCCGCCCAAGCGGCUGUCUGUUGACAGAACCUCAAAUAAUCAAUCUCAACAUUCUGGUGAAGUCGAACCCAAAGACAGAGACAAUAUCUCAGAUUCUGGAGCUACAACAGAACCUCUAGCUGAUGACAUGUGGGAGAAUCAUCACUAUCGGUUUCAGGUGCAGAGGGUUGAAAAGAGUCCUGAGAUCCGUCAUGUCGGAGGAAAAGUAUUGCGAGACGGUAAAUAUGUUCGCAAUGUGCUCUAUGUGGUGGAAAAAUAUCUCCUGGACAAAUCACUCCCGGACAAUUGGCUAAGGCUUCAAAACCACAGUGUGCAGUGUGCCACUUUCUGCAGGCAUAGGCUCCCCAGCGAGCUUUCGGCGAAACCUGGUGGCACCCCCCAGAGAGUCAACAAGGUGAUGGUCUUAUCACCAAAUACUACGGUUUGCCCUAUGGAAUUAGCGGGUGAUGCCUGUUCACCAAAGCUAUGGGCUCCCCUCGUGGAAUCAACGAAGUGGAGGUUUACCACCAAAUAUUGUGGUUCCCCUCAUGGAAUCAGUGAGUGGAUGCCUGAUGAGAUAUUCUCUAUGGUGUCGGCACCCUUGAGGGAUGCCAUAAUCUUGAGCGAAAGGCCACAAAUAUAG